UUUGGCUGCUUGCUGCCGGAGCGGGGGAUGACGUCAGAAACUGCGGCGCUCCGUCUAGUAGUCGCUGAGUCGCCGACGGCCUUAUCUUCUUCUUGCCAUGAGGGUUAAUCGUUUAUCUGACCCUGGCACUCUCGCAGGAGACCAUCCCUUCAGCUGCUGCCAAAUAAUUUCUGAGUAUGGCAUUUUCUUGGCUUUAUACAUCGUUCGAACACUUCCCCGCCCCAUCACGUCCUGUGGUGGCAGUGCCCGACGCCCGUCAGCAGUCCAGCACACUGGAGCAGUGGAGCACACUUGAGGGGCCGGUUUUUCUUAGCUCCGUGGCACAAACAACCAGUCCAGAUGGCUAACCACCCCCUUCUUUCCCUCGAUGCAUUGCAACAGGACGGCCCCUGAUAUAUUAUUAGCCUUCCCUGGGUGAAGGCCCAAGCCCAUACUAGCCUGGUGAACGCUGCACCACGUACGAUUGUGACGAUGGAUAUUGUGCCGCCAUCCUACCAAACCGCCACAACCAGAGACGCAUGGUCGAUUAUAGCUCAGUAUAUUCCUUCAAGCGACCUCUGUGCCGCAGUACUGGUGUGUCGGAAAUGGCAUGGCCUCUUCAUGCCAUUUCUGUGGGGGGAUCCUGCCUCUCACUUCGGAACUGACAACGAUGCAGUUUAUGUUGCCCUGACAAGGUUCAGGAGGACGCUAAAGUAUGCCCGCCUUGAGGUGCGGAUGCUCACCCACACGCUGCACCUGCCGCCUGCUCUCUCCGAGAUCUAUGGGGGUCCACGACCCGAGUGGUUAAGGGAGAUUCUGGAAUCUCUACCUUGUCUCCAAUCUCUGAUGGUUUCGAAGCUGCCAUUCUUUGACCACAAUGCCAUGACCGCUCUAAAAGGAUGCGGCACGCCUGGUGAAACCGACGCAGCUUCCCAGACCUAUAAUCCCAACGCAACAUCACAAGGUAUUGCGGAGACAUUACUACGCUUUCCCGGGUUAACCUAUCUCGAUCUUUCCUACACCACCCCUGCGCGGGACCGCAUAUUGGAACAUCUCCAAGUACUCAAACUACGAGGUAUCGGUCUAAAAGACAAUGACGCAGAAUUUCUAGCCAAUGCCAUUGAACGUAGAGUUCGUUUCCUGGAUCUGCGCAAUAACUUUCUUACUGACAUGUCUAUACGAUCAUUAUUGCAAGCAUCCUUCUUACCCCCAGGUGCAGAGGAUGGCCCACGGAGAGGACCACCCCUGAUCUCCAACCGGAAGUUUCUUAGAAACCCUCCUCUGGAUGAGCAAGUUUUGAAGGCUUUAACACAACCACUGACAGGCCGCUCUUGGGUUGAAGACCUACCACAGGCAGGUAUAACACACCUCUAUAUAGCGGACAAUCCAAUCUCAGUGGAAGGAGCUGCAAGUCUUUUGGCAUCAUCUCGUCUAUAUGCUCUGGACUCUAUUAGCAGGAUGGAGUAUUCCCUCAAUUCGCCCCAGGAUGACCCCCACGAGCUUCCUGGUGCUGAGAAGUUAAUACCCAUCCUGGGCACCACUGCCAGAGAGAAUCUUACGUAUCUGAGAGCCCAUCAUGCCAUUUGUACGGUUGACGGGCCCUCAAGGGAGACUGCAACCUUGGAUAUGCUGCUUCCGGAGCUUUCAGGCGGGAUUGAGAGUGAAGUACCUCGAGAAGCGGAGUUAGGUACAAACCACGAAAUUUAUGAGUUACCAUCAAAUGAGGCUGCUGUUUUUGAGCUUCCCGGCACACCAGUCCCGCAACCGUCGAACUGGUAUUCUCGGUCUAGCGAGAGUGGUAGGAAGCCCACUAUCUAUGAAGACAAUCCGCUACCCGAGCGGCGACGAGGCUCUGUUUUCGCCCCCGAGGUAGUCGAGACAGAUCGAGCUAAUGAUGAAGCCAGGCUGGGCGACACUCACGCCACUAUCUCUUCAUCUCGCUUGCCUCAUGGCAUCUCAAUUUCAAGCAUCUCGAGUAUUCCCAGCAUUACGCUGGAUUCCGUGGGUUCAAUUCCGCAAUGCUCUUCUCCCCUAUCAGCAGAAGAUCCUCGGGCCCUGAAAAUCCAAGAACUGCUGGCAAAACGGCCGAAAAGUCUUCCUCGACGUGACAGCAAAGGGAACUAUUUUCCAUACCUGCAUCCCUCUCAUGUUCCCCAUCUUGAGACAUUGGUUUUGACCGACGUCCCUUCCCACGUCCUUGCGAAUUCGCCGAUCUUGACGUCGUUAAUCCGAUUCAUAACCGCCUGCUCAAAUGAAGCAUUACUUGCAACUCUCCAAGCGGGAUCGGACUAUUCACUUCCUCCCGGUCGGGCUCGAGCCAGAGCUGAACAAGAACGCGUCAGGUCUCUGUUCGCUCUACGCCGCUUGGUGCUAGAGAUCACACCCACUGUUCAGACCAACAAAUUGUCCAGAUGGACACCAUCCAGCUACCGGACAGGAGCUUCGAAGUCAAGUACCGGGGACCGAGAUUCUGAAAACCUGUGGUCGGCAGCAAUAGGCGACUUCAGCUUUUUUGGGGAAGAGGAAUGCGGGGUGCCCGAUGCCUAUUCAGGGAAAUACUUCCCUAUGGCUGCUUUGAACGAGAAGGUGACAUUGAUACCAGAUGAUGAUGAUUCUGGCCGCACAGGGGUUUCGGAGACAGAUAUGGCUUCUUCACCAAGUAUGCUUCAUACAAGUCACCUCUCUUCGCAACCCAACUCUUUUGACCCCGCAACUACGCCUAGGGGCAUGCGCUCGCAUAGCCCAUUCCAAGGCCAAGGUGGGGACUCAGGGGCGUCGCGGGAGGAAAUACCGGAUGUUGAUCUCGUCGCCGAGCUGGCGUCCUUCCGACGCACUAAGAAGGCAGAGUACGAAAACAUGCUGAGGGGCAACCGAAGAAGGCGUGACACUAUCAGUACCGUGUCCUCUCGCUUCUCCCCUUCUGUGUCGUCAUCCCAAACGUUCUCGCCGUCGCCGAGUUUGAACACACUGACGGCGUCACCUGCGCCAUUUAUAUCCAUUGCGCACUACUUGGAGGGCCACUGGAAAGGGGAAGUGAAGAUUGUCCGGAACGCAGCGCCGAAGGGACGAAGUGGGGUGGUAGACAUGUAUGGGAAUUAUUUUGAAAAGGGUUAUUUAUACCCUUGA